AUGUUCUCACGUGUUGCUGCAGUGAAGGCACCCCGCACACAAAACCGUCGCUGCGUGACCGGAUCCAGCGGAAGGAGGAGGGAAGGAAGAGAGAGUGAGCCGCAGAGGCCCAACAUGUCCCGGCAUCUCUUCUACUCUGCGGUGCUGCUGCUUCUUCUUGUUGCGAUGAUGUGCUGCAACGCUGGUGGGGCUCAGCAAACUAUUAAGACGGCGCCAGAUCCGAGAUCUUUACCGAAGACAUAUUUUGUUUGGAGAGAUAAGAAAGGUGAAGAAACAGUGGUUUACCUCCGUGUUCCCAGUCUUGUUGAGGUGAAAGGUGAUGUGUUUGCUGUUGCCGAGGCGCCGUGCAAGGAUGGCGGUGAGAAAGCAUUUACUGGAAUUGCCUCGGAGGUCCUGACAUUGAGUGAUGAAGAAUCAAAAGAAUUGGAUAAAAAUGCAGUAAAGACACAAGUACUGGAGGAAUGUGCAUUUGAUAAGAAAAGCGGCUGCCAUAUAGCGGGUCAGGAUGAUUCCAAAACCCAGACGAGAGUACUUUUGAGCCGACCAACAACAGUUGUGAAGGGAAGUGAUAUUUACAUGCUUGCUGGGAAUUACAGUUGGACACUUGCCGCUGGUGUUCAGGGAGCUGAUGCAGGCGACUGGGGACUCGUGCUGGUGAAAGGGAACGUCAGUAAUGAAAAAAGUCAAAAAAGAAUCUUUUGGAAUGAUACUUACGCUAUCCCGUGGAAUUAUAACAAAAAAAAUGAAUCCUUGGCGCUGCUGGUUGGCAGCGGUGGAUCGGGUGUUAAGAUGGAGGACGGUACGCUUGUGUUCCCAGUGGAAGGCACGAGGAAAAAGACGACGAACCAGGUUGGCACUGAAGAGGAUGAAAAGACCGUAUCGCUGAUCAUCCACUCCUUGAAGGAUACUAAUAGUUGGACGCUGUCGAAGGGGAUGUCUGACGGUGGCUGCAGUGAUCCCUCCGUCGUGGAGUGGGAGGACAAAAAACUCAUCAUGUUGACUGCGUGUGGUGAUGGCUGCCGCAGGGUGUACGAGUCCGGUGACAAGGGGGAGUCGUGGACGGAGGCACUCGGGACACUCUCGCGCGUGUGGGGCAACAAACAGGGCGAAGGUGGCGUUAGAAGCGGGUUCAUCACAGCGACGAUUGACGAUGUUGAUGAUAAGAGAAAUGUGAUGCUCGUCACUCUGCCGGUGUAUCCCGAGAAGGCUGAUAAAAAAGAAGCGGGCAAUGGAAAGAGUGAACUCCAUCUUUGGCUGACGGACAAUACGCACAUUGUUGAUAUUGGGCCGGUAUCAGGUGAUGACGCUGCCGCCAGCUCCCUGUUGUACAAAAGUGAUGGAAGUGGAGAUAAGAAGGAGUUGAUUGCACUGUACGAAAAGAAGAAGGACGGUGAGGAAUCAUCACCCAGUAUGGUCUCUGUGCUUCUGACUGAGCAGCUGCAGCGUGUGAAGGAUGUGCUGGCGACGUGGAAGAAAGUGGACGACCUUGUCUCCGAGCUGUGCCCUUCUGAGAGUGAUGUGGAGAGUGCCUCACCUGAAGAUGCCUGCAGCACUACUGAUGUUAAGAUCACGGAUGGGCUGGUUGGCUUUCUGUCCGGCAACCUCUCUGAGAACACAUGGAGGGACGAGUACCUCGGGGUGAACGCCACAGUGAAGAAGAAAGAGGAUGCAGGGGAGACAGGGGCAACAAAUACUUCCGAUGGUGUGAAGUUCCGGGGAGCGUGGGCGGAGUGGCCUGUUGGCAAGCAGGGGGAGAAUCAGCUGUACCACUUUGCGAACUACGACUUCACUCUUGUGGCGACGGUGUCCAUUGACAAGGUGCCGCAGGGAGAUACCCCUGUUCCUUUGUUGGGUGUGCAUCUGGAGGGUAAAGACAAGCUUAUGGAGUUGUCAUAUGACAGCGAAAAGAAGUGGCAGGUGCUUUGCAGUGACGGCAAGAUCAAGAAGCUAAAAAGUACUUGGGCGACAGAGAUACAGCACCAAGUGGCCAUUGUGCUACGAAACGGCACCCAUGGCACCGCGUACGUCGAUGGUAAGCGUGUGUGUGUGGAUGCGCAACGUAGCUCGGAUAAUACGGAAGGUAAAAAGAUCUCCCACUUCUACAUUGGAGGGGAUGGUGGCAGUGCAGACAACACAAGAAGCCGUGAAGACGUGUCUGUGACGGUGAGGAACGUCUUUCUGUACAACCGCCCGUGGACUUCCGAAGAGAUUGGCGCCCUCAACCCGAAUAAAGUCCCCAUUACGUCUCCGGUGACCGAAAAUGCGCCGGGAAACAUGUUGCAGUCUCCUGCGAAACCACAGCCGUCGGAACAGGAAACGUUGAUGACGAAUAUUGGUUGUGUCGGUGGCGGUGUAUCCAGUGCAGCUUCCAUUGCUACGACUCCCUCGUCUGAUGCUGCUCAAACGGUGGCGACAGGGAGUGGAGAUACAAUGCUGGGAAAUGGAUCACCCCAAACUCCUGAGGUGAGCGUGAGCUCAGGUGGGGAUAAGGAAACGGUGGAAGGGAUGGAUGGGCAGGAGGAGGGAAUCCAUGCACGGGUCAGGGACGUGAAUGCCACGGCACUCAGCAGCAGUCUCGGAAAUGUGUCGCAGGGGAAUAACAGCGAUGCCGGCACUGUGCGUGGGAGCGGACUGCUAUCAUUGCUGCUUCUUCUGUUGGGACUGUGGUGUUUGCGUCUCUGUGAGGAGUGA